CACAAAUAAAAUAACAAAUAAAAUAAAAAAACAAAAAGAACAGAGAAAUUUUUGUUUCUUCUUCUUUUCGUGUCUGAGUCUCUUCUACGUGUGUGUGAGAUAAGAGUUUGGUAAAAGCUCAAAGAUGAAGAAGAGGGCGACGCUGGGGUUCGAAGAAUCGAAGGCCGUGUUUGGUCUGCUGAGAGCAGAGCAACGUCCACUCGAAGAGAUCGUCUCAGACUUCAACUCCUUUUUCUCCCAUGGCCGCCAAUUCAUUCCCUGCUUUUCUAUCUCCAUUCUUUUACAGGAUAAGAAGAUGCUGAGUUCCACUCAACGUUUGAUUGCGUUCGCUAUUCUUCAGCAGGCGUAUUCUUCCCAGAAACCUUCUGCAAAUCCGUUCAUUAGUUUACUAAUAACUUUUGCAUGUGAUGUUGAAGCUGAAAAAUAUGAGAGGGCACUUAUUCUUCAGCUAUUACAGCUAUUCGGCUCUGAUGGCUCUAGUGGUGGCAAAGAGCUACUUAAACAGUCUGCUGCAGAUUACAUCAAAAGUUUUGACCCUUCAGUGCAUGCCUUCCCGCAACAUGAACAGUUGCAGCAGCAGUAUGCUGAUAAAGUCCAUCCUGAACGAUAUAAUUCUCCACUAAAGGAUAGUUCAGUUAGAAAUGUGGUCGCAGAUCCUGAUGUUCCUCGCGGUUUUGAUGUUAACUCAUCAGAGUUUGAUCUACAACCAGGAGCAAAUCCUAAGCUUAGUUCUGGAGAUAGAGACGAGACGGUGCUUGGUUUGCUGUCCAAUUUAGCGCUUGAAGGGUUAGGUCCUCACUGGAAGAGGCCUAUUCCACCAAGGCUCCCAGUACAGGAUGAUGAACUAGUGUGGCUCAACCCUGUUGACAAUCAUGAACUUUUAUGGGAUGAUGGUAUGUGUGUUGAUACUAGCAGAGGGGCAGCUGUCAGGGACUUGAUUGCAAAAGCUUUGAAGGGACCACUUGCACCUGCACAACAAGAGCAAGUCUUGUUGGAGUUGGCAAAUGACCCGAAACUUGUAUAUCACUGUGGGUUGACACCAAGAAAGCUACCGGAAUUGGUGGAAAAUAAUCCCCUCAUUGCAGUUGAAGUUCUCACCAAGUUGAUAAAUUCCCCUGAAAUCGCAGAAUACUUUACAGUGCUUGUCAAUAUGGACAUGAGUCUACACUCUAUGGAAGUGGUGAACAGGCUUACAACAGCAGUUGAACUUCCUUCUGAGUUCAUACACAUGUACAUAACAAAUUGUAUAUCAUCGUGUGAGAAUAUCAAGGACAAGUACAUGCAGAACAGACUUGUGAGGCUUGUUUGUGUGUUUCUGCAGAGCCUUAUCCGAAACAACAUUAUCAAUGUUAAGGAUCUUUUCAUCGAAGUCCAAGCGUUUUGCAUAGAGUUUUCACGGAUUAGGGAAGCAGCGGCACUCUUUAGGCUCCUUAAGUCAUUGGAAUGAAAUAUGUUCCUAUUUUUUUUCAAUUUCUUUUUAAAUCCAUAUUACAAGAUGUUACUCUUUUAGGUUAAGCAAUUAUUUUUCUUUCUGUUUCGACUGUUUUCUCUGCUUGUAGAUUGUAUCUUCAUUUAGAGGUCAUUUAGUGAAUUAUUCUUUUCUUCA